UGUUGCCUCCCGCUUUCCCUUAAGGUUUCUUCUUGGUCUUUCUUACAUCUCUCUUUCAGCGUCUUGACUUCUUCUUCUUUCCCCCUCCUGCCGCAAGCAAUCAUUACCGGCUUGCUAUAGUAUAUAUUGCCUUUGAAGCCUACAGACCGACAUUAUGGUUCGGAAGGAUCCAAUCUUCGAGGCACGUACUAAUGUCAAGCUACACUCCAACCGGCUCAAGAAAGAGGCCACUCGCGCCGAAUCGACUUUCAAGUCCGAGAAGGCAAAAGCAGACAAGGCCAUGAAAAAUCGCGAGUUCCAAAUCGCCCGCAUACACGCUGCCUCUGCAGUACGCGAGAAACGAAGACAGGUAACCCUGAAAGAGGAAGCAGCCCGCGCAGAUGUUAUUAUCAACGAGCUCAAAGCAGCGCAAAGUACUCGUGAUACGUCUCGCACUUUAGCCCUGGCAUCUCGGGGCUUAGAUGCUGCGUCCAAGAGCGUGAACCUUGAGGCGUUGGUCUCCCAUGCGAACAACUUCCUAGCACGUUCUGAGGAUUUCAAAAUCGCUAGUAGUGCAAUUGAAGAUGUUGCACAGGGCGUCUCUAUGCGAGAAUACGGUGCCGAGGGUGAAGCCGAUGUUGACCGCCUUAUGGAGCAGCUUGCGGAUGAUGCGGGUGUAGACCUACGUAUGGCUCUGGAUGCAGACGCGGCCCCCAAAGAGGACGUCAAGAAUCAGAAAGAAGUUGAGACAGACCUUGAGGAUGGCUUGGGCGCCAGACUACGAGCUUUAAGGGCUGCGAGCUGAUCCUUCAACUUUCUUAUUAUGUCCCUCUCUCUCUUGUCAGCGAUUUCCGUUGCUGCGUGGUUGGUCGGAUGCGACUGCCAUGUCAGCUUUUCUAGUACUGUGCAGACUUUAAUGAAGCCAUGCCCACCUGUUGAUGUUUGUUAUCAAGUCGCUCGUUUACCGGGACUUACCCCUCUCCUCUUCUGUCGAUUACGUAUUGGGCCCCUCAUGGGUGAACGCUUGGCGUGGCUUUAAGUUUGAACUUCAAUGUAUACACGGAGUACCUGGUGUCUUCUUGUUUCCUUCCUUGUUCUUUCUUUCCUUCCUCUUGGGUGAAGGCAACAGCCAGUCUUACAAUUCUGCUACCUUGAUCGAAUAGACUACCCGAUGUUUGUAAUGUUGUCCACGGUUUGCGGAGUCCCCAUGAAAUUAUCAGGCUCUCUUGUUUCGUGAGAGGAAACUAUAUAUUUCCACUAGCUUAUAGCAUACCACCUAAGUCAAAGAUGCGCGAAGUCACUCAAAA